GCGGAGUUUGGACCAGGACCAGUCUACGAUGAGCCAGAGUCUGGGAGAUGACUUUUUACCGCCGCCGCCCCCACCCCCUGAUGUGCUGGGGGUCUCGGCCCAGCCCAACGCGGGGAGGAGGGGGGAGGAGGAGAAGGAGAGAGUGCCUCCACCACCCCAGCUAGCCUUUGCUAAGUUGCAGCAGCAGAGGCAGAUCAACGAGCUGAAGCGGCUGUACAAGCACAUGCACCCGGAGCUGAGGAGGAACAUUGAGGGGGCGGUGGGAGGAGGAGACGCCGACUGGGAGGAGGUGCUGGGUGCCGAGUUGUCGGCUGCCUCGCUACCCGUCCCGGGACCCUGCCCCGACAGCCUGGCGCUGGCCCAGAGUCAGACCGAGGUACAGUCUAUGCGCUGGAUCUUCGACAACUGGCCCUUGGACACCAUCGGCGAUCGCGCCGCGGCCAAGAGGCUGAAAGAUGAAGAGACCAUCCUCAGCGGAGAUGUGAGGACCACCUCGUGGAGAUUCGAGCAUCAGGAGGCGGGCAGCGACUGGGAACGGUCUGUGAAUCUCGGGGAUGGGGAAGAGGAGGAGAUGAGGAAGGGAGAUGUCAGCACAGCCCGCUGGCUCUUUGAGACACAACCCAUGGACUCGCUGAACAAACUGCGCAACGAGGACAACGCUGUCCAAGAAGCCAUCCUGAAGGAGCCCGUGCAAGCAGGAGAUGUCCGGGCCACCAAGCAGCUCUUUGAGACCCAAGACUUGGGAAGGAAUGAGUGUACGGUGGGGAGCAGCAUCUUGCAACUGCGCUCCGAGCUCCGGGAGAUGAGAGGAGACGUGAGCAAGACUGUGAGGCUAUUUGAGACAGAGCCUCUCUGCGCCAUCAGGGAUUCCCAGGGCCACGUCCACCAGGUGAGGUCCAUCUGCCGCGAGGAAGUCCAAGACAGGGGCAACGUCCAAAGCACCCGCUGGCUCUUCGAGACCCAACCUCUGGGCAGCAUCAACAGAGACGGGCCAAGAGUGAAGAUCAUUCGGGGCAUCUCGCUGGAAGGUACCUUGGAAGAGGGCGGCGGGGUGGGCAAGAACAGGUGGCUCUUUGAGACUCAGGCAUUGGACUCCAUCAACGAGGUCUCGUCCGACGAGCCGCCGGUGGCCAGAGCCAAUGUGACGGUGACGGCGGGAGAUGUCAACAAGAAGUGCUGGCUCUUUGAAACUCAGCCUCUGGACUCUCUGAGAGAAGGUCCCGCCGAGCAGGCGGCCAAGGAGGAGGUGAUCGCGGGCAAGGUGGACUCCACGCUGUGGUUGUUCGAGACUCAGCCGAUGGACAUGUUGAGGGACAGCUGCGAGGUUGGCCAACUGAAGAGGGUGGUGAUGGGGGAGGAGGAGAGGGGGGACGUGAGGCACAAGACUCGGGUCUUCCAGAGUCGCCCUCUGGAGAGUAUCUACAAGGAGCAGAGCCAAGCGUCUAGCAGCGAGGAGAUACAGAGAGGAGAUGUCAAAGCCUACAAGCACCUCUUCGAAUCUCUUCCCCUAGACAGCAUCAAGCAGUCGGAUGAAAGGCCAGCGGGGGUGGAGGAGGAGGUCUUCUCUGGAAGCGUCAAGGAGAACAGGGCUCUCUUUGAGACCGUUCCCCUCUACGCCAUCGUGGACGGUGCGGGCGGCUGCCAUCAGCUGAGGACCGUGAGCCGGGAGCUGGUGGUCGGUGGCGACGCCAAACACUACCGCUGGAUGUUCGAGACGGGGCCCCUCGACCAGAUGGGGCGAGGGUCGCCGAAGGUGGAGCUGGUGAGAGGCAUCACCAUGGAGGAGGAGAUCCCCACCGAGACGGCCAGGUGGCUGUUCGAGACCCAGCCUCUCGACGCCCAGGUCAAGGACAAGGAGGUCCAGGCAUCUCAGAUGCGCAAAGGAGACGCGAAGAGGUGCCGGUGGCUGUUUGAGACGCGGCCGGUGGACGCCGUGUGCGAGAGGGCGGAAGACCACCAGGGUGGUGAAGUCCAAGCCAAGGGCGACGUCAAAUCCUACACCUGGCUCUUUGAGACCCAGACUCUGGAGAGCAUGAACCAAAGCGAGGAGAGGCAUCUCCUAGUCCGCGGCCAGCGACCAGAGACCACGGGCGGGUUGGGCGUAAAGACCACCAAACGCCUGUUUGAGACGGAGCAGUUGGGGGGGAACAUUGGCGGCGAGAACGGGAAGGUGAGCUACACCAGUGAAGUGGACAUCCAGACUGGCAGCGUGUCGAGGGUGAAAGAGAUUUACCAGAGCAGGUCUCUGAGCGACAUUGGGGAAGUGGAGGACAAGGUGGGCCGUCUGACAGCCGCCGGCGAGCAGCCAGGGUCCGGCUGUGUGCACAAGGUCACCUGGCUCUUUGAGAACUGCCCCCUUGGCUCCAUCAAAGAGGAGGAGGUCACCGCGCCCAAGGCCACCGUCUCCGACGUGAAGGGAGGCGACGUCGGUGGGAAACGGUUCGUCUUUGAGACUUGCUCGCUGGAUCAGAUACACGAGGGCUCGCCGGCUGAUUACACUGGGUCGGGGAAGGAAGAUGUCAGCUCGGGCAUCAAGCCAUCCCACAGCCAGCCUCUGUACGCCCUGCGGGACAAGGAAGGCCAGUACCACGAGGUGACCACAGCGAAGAAGGAAGAGAUCUUGAGGGGAGACGUGAGGGGGACGCGUUGGCUCUUCGAGACCAAACCCCUGGACACCAUCAGGCCCUUGGAGGAAGUCUUCGUCCUGAGGGCCGUGACUCAGGAGGAUGUCAAGGCCGGGGACGUGAAGGCCGCUCGCUGGAGGUUCGAGACCCAACCUCUGGAGGUCCAGCCCGGGGUGGUGGAGCAGGAACUGGGAGGCGAGGUGGCGGCCAACGGGCAACACUCCCAAGGGCAGAGAUACGUGAGGACUGUCAGCCUCAGCGAUGUCCAGAGCGGAGACGUCAGGACAUCCACCUGGCUGUUCGAGAACCUGCCCAUCGACUCCCUGAAAGGGGAGGAAGGCGGAGAUGGUCCAAGUCCCUCCACCGUCCACCGAGAAGACGUGGAGAAGGGCGACGUCAAGAGGUCCACAUGGCUCUUCGAGACCAGACCCUUGGACAGUCUGAAAGAUUCGGACAGGGAGACCAAGGAGGAAGCGCCUUGUUGUGCAGAUGUGAAGUCCACCACGUGGCUGUUUGAGACGACGCCCCUGGACAUGUUGGUCCAGGGCCAGAGUUGCUCUGGAGGUCUGGAGAUGUCCAAGCGGAGCGUGCGCUCCAGUCUGGAGAUCCUCGUCAACUGCGGAGCCGUCAGGUCAAGGGGGCUGGUGGUGGAAUCCAACCAUGCUGGCGUGCUUGCGAUGGCCAAAUAUCAACUGCUCAACCCCGGCCAACCCCCACACAUCGUGAAGGAAGAGGUGAUCGGCGGCAGCCUGCAGAGGAUCCUGGCCCAGUUGCUUCAAAGGAAGGAAUGUCUUCAUCGCGAAGGGGUGGUGUUGAAGGAAGACUGGAGCGGGAGGGUCUCCACAAGGAAGAUCCAUCUGUUCUCCCAGUCGCAAGUCGACACCAGCGAGAAACGCGUGGAGGAAGACACCAUCUACAGCUUUCUAACGGAAGACAGUGAAGUCAACCAAGGGUUAUUGAUCCAGGAAUGCGAGAAAGGAAUUGUUCAGCUCACCAUCUACUCCCUCGCCAACCGAGCCCGGGAGGAGGGGGGUGACAGGGAGACCAUCAAAGGGGAUGUCAAGUCAACCAUUAAUAGUCUCCUUGCCUCGGCUCAGCAGCAGACGGUGUCCACGGUGAAACGCGAGGAGAACGAGAGGGGGAAGGUGCAGCUGUACACGACGUGUAUAGAGGCCGGGACCUUGGAUCACCUCAACGUGUGCGAGGAGCAGCAGGAGCGGGGUGGUGUUGGUGGUGGUGAAGAUCUCCCAACUUCACCCCAGAAGGAGGAGCUCGCCCGUGGAGAUGUGGAAGGUGCCAUCAGGAACCUGACCGAGGGCAGAGGCCACGUGGAGAAGACCAUCGAUGAUGUUGUCCCAGGGGACGUCAAAACCACCAAGAGGUACUUCCUGGCGGAAGGCCAGAGUGGGCCUGGAUGUGCCCAGAGAGACGGCGGAUUGGGCGCUGGGAUCACGGGGGCUGCUUCCAUGUCCCCGGGGCAGAAGGUGGAGGUGGUGGAAGCCAAGGAAGACUUAGCAGGUGGAGUUGUCCACGUGAAGCUGCAGAUGUCGGAGACGGCCAGGCAACGAAGCCAGGGAGAUGUCGUCUCUCGGGGCAACGUGGAGGCGCGGGAGUGCGUGAGAGUCGCGGAAGGUGCGGGGAUCUCACGCUCCUCGGCCGCUGCUUCUGUGGAAGGGGUCGGGACCGAGCUCCGGACGGCGAUGCAGAGCCUGCGGGAGGUGACGGCAGAAGCGCAUGAGGUGCAGCAGCGAUCCGGCGUGUGCGCUCACUCGGGCGGGGACGCGCAGACGGGACAUAGUCCCCAACGCGACCGUCGUUGCAGGAGGGACAAGGCGGGGAGAGAGGUCCAUGUCCUCGGCAGCAGCAGCAGCAGCAGCAGCAGCAGGCAGGCAUCAAGCUAUCGGGCCACCAACACCACCACCACCACCAGCUCCAGCUCCAGCUCCAGCUCCAGCUCCAGCUCCAUCCAAGUGGCGGCCACACAGAGGCAGCAUCAUCAGGUCAGUGUCUCGGCGCCGCUGAUCGAGGCUACUCGCUCCGGCCAGGGUGACAAGUGCGUUCGUGUAACUGGAGUAGGUCGGGAGAGCUGGCCUCGGCCACAACCACCUGCCACUGACUUAGAGGAGGAGGAGGAGGAGGAGGCGCGGGAACAGAGUGAGAGACAGAGAGAUCAGGGCACCAGGGUGACCAGAGACGUGGGAACGACCAUUGAGGCUAUAAAGGACUCGCGGACAGAGCAGACGGAAGAGGUGGCCUCUGGUAGCCUGCAGCUAGCUCUGCAAGCCCUGGGGAAGGCUCACAUGAACAUCAGCCAAGGGGAUUUUAAGGCUGCCAUGAUCUAUGCAGCAGCGGGCCAGACACUUUCUCGGGAGCAGAUGAAGAGUGGUGUUGGGGCUGUUUGUGGCCAGAGUUCUCUGACAGGGUCUGACGCUCGCUUUCCAUCUUCAAUUCCAGUAACAAAGUCCACAAGGAAGGGAGCCGGGAGCCAGGCAGCCGUGGAAGUAUCUCCGCCGGAUCAGACACCCCCAGCCGUUCAUCACCACCCUGCCCGGCCCAACUCUCAGCCCCCACCACGAGUCUUGCCCAGCCAGCCCCCUGCCACAAAGCCACAGGUCAAAGCGGGAGGCAAGCCCGCCUUGCCACCGAAGCCCCGAGGCCUGCAGGCCACUCCCAGCCCGCCCGUCCCACCGAGGAGCUCAGCGUCCAUCGUCCCAAAAUCCGACACCUCUCCUCCUGCCGCCUGCGAGCCGGCCCCCGAGCCACCGCGCCCUGAAGAGGCCACCGAUCUCCAAGGACAUCCAGACGCGCGGCUCCAGAGCCCAAGCCAACAGUCGGGAGAAGAAUCCACCACGAUGGCUCCUCGCUCAACAGCGACGAGGACUUCCUUGCACUUGGCCCAGGAGAAAGACGCGCAGGGGGUGGACGGAGCCAUCAAGCCAACUGGAGAGGGAACCAUUCCCACGCCGACAUCACUAGACCUGCCCCAGAGGACACCAAAGCCCUCUGUACACCUUCACCCCAUCCAGCCAGCCACCAAAGUGGACAAUGCACCCAACAAACUCAACAUGGGAGGAGAUAUCCCGGGAUUCGCCCAGUCUUGUUCUAGAGGAAGCUCGGUUAGAACUGCCGUGGGUCAGGGCUAUAGAUCAUCUCCUCAUACAGUCAGAUCCCAAAACCAACCCAACCCUCCCCAAACGAGCGAGUGUCGCAGGCGAGAGCAGAAUGCGUCAAUGGCAGAGGAGAGACCUGGUCUACCAACAAAGGUGUCACCAAAGGCUUCAAUGAAGGUGACCCCCCAACAGACCGAGCGACCGUCGCAGCCGAGCGUGGAGAGGGACCCCCAGCGUCUGCUCCAAGGGCCGGGGGUCCGAGAUGCCCAAUGCCACCCAUGCCCCGGUAAGCAGGGGGGCGCUGGCCAAGUGCCACCUGCCACGAGUGACAACCAGCCACCGGAGCGGGUGGUCUUGCGGGGAGACCGCCAGCACAGUCAUGAGAGCGAAGACGCCCGCAGGAAGCGCUUGUCCAUUCACAAGGAGGAGAUCUUGCGAGGGAACGUGAGGGCGGCGAUGGAGAUCUUCGAGAAGCUGAAGAAACGGGAGGAACUGCAGAAGAUACUGACCCAGGUGAGAGAAUUUGAAGAUGAGACCUUCAAGGUCGACGUGAAAGGCCUGAAGAGUUUGUUUGAGAAUGUGCCCGAUUGGGUGGUGCCCAAGAACAAUGUGAUCAAGCAACCUAGACCAUCUCGCAGCCAACAAGAGGUGGUGCAGGCCCAGCCCAGAGUGGUCAAGGAGGAAGGGGUAAGCCUCUCCUCAGUGGAGCUUGUGUUUGGGGACCUGGAGAGGGCAAGUGAGGAGAUCACCUACCUGAAGGAGCAGACAUUGGCAAAGCUGCAACAUAUAGAAGAGUCCAUUAAAAAAGCUCUCUACUCCGUCACCAAUCUGAAGUCAGAGUCGGACAUUGCUGGCCUCUCUGGCCUCUUUGGGGAGUCGCUAAAGGCUGUUUCCAACUCCAUGUCCGGCCACAUCCAGAAGAUUAGCCUGGCCUCCAGCAGAUCGAGCACGGGGAGAGGCAAGCAGCUGAAAGGAGACAAGGAGGUAUUGGAGGAGCAACCUCGACCAUCGUUAGAUCUUCCGCCCGCUUCCACCCGAGUCGUGUCGCCCUCCUCUCCUUCCUACAUCUCCAUCGAGUCGGCCGUCCGGAAGCCGGCGGAUCCAUGGAAGAAGAGUUUGGAGACCUUCUCACCAUCUCCUCAAGGAAGAGAUGUCCCACCAUGUCCUACUGGAGAUGACGUGGCUCUGUGCAACGGAUGCCAGCGUGAUACAUGGGUGACACAACAGUCCAGGCCAAGAGAGGAGUCAGCGCAGGGCGACCUCAACCUGGAGUCCGCUCGGCCCAUCGGAACAGAAGGCAAGGGGACCAACUCACCCGCGGGUAGCUGCUCCUCGAGCGGGCUUCAAAGCAACGCGGCAGACAACACGGUCCCUCAGAGGAGCAAGAGUGUGGUGGAGUUCAAGACCGGGCCUGAUGGAGGCGAGGUAGUCGGCACCAAGACCGUCAUGGAAAAAUAUGAAGAGAUCGAUCGUUUUGGGAACAAGAUCAUCACCUCAAAAACCUCCACCACCGUCACCAAACAGUCCGAGUUGACCACCUCGUCAACGUACGAAGUCGUCCAUGCCUCACCCAGAUACAGUGUGGUUUAGAGACACGGAAACAGGCCCUUUGGCCCAACGAGUCCAUGCCCGACCACCGACCACCCAAUCUAUGUUGUCCCACUUCCUCAUCCACUCCCUACACAAUUUACACAGGGCCAAUUAUUCCACAAACCCGCACGACUUUGGGAUGUGGGAGGAAACCCCGGGGCACCCGGAGAGGAACCCACGCGAUCACAGGGAGAAAAGGUGCAAACACCACACCUUUCAGACGGCACCCGAGGCCAGGAUCGAACCCGGUUCCCCGCGCCACCUCUAUGAAGUCACCACUUCUCAUUCUCUGAAUGGACAUCUGGAAAAGCUGGUCAAUCGGAGCGGCCGAAGAUGCACGGCACAACGCCAAAGAUGACGGAGUGGUGUCUCCUUGGUCUGGAGUGGCAAUUCAUCAACAAAAUCCUCCUCUUGCCAAGAGUCGCAACUAGGACGAGGCGAAUCCAAGUGCACAAAGUUGAAAAUCAGAAACGG